AUGGGGAAAGGAAAGAAUCUGUUGAGAUGUGGAGAAAUCAAUAUUUUUGUGUAUUUUGUUGUUGCCAUGUUUGGUGUCGGAUCUUGGGUUGCUGUAAAUGGAUUAUGGGUAGAGCUUCCAGUGAUGGUUCCACAUCUACCAGAGGGCUGGAAAUUGCCUUCCUAUUUGACUGUGAUCAUCCAGCUAGCCAAUAUUGGACCAAUUCUUGUUAUAUUGGCAUAUACAUGUUCCAAGGAUUCCUUGAAUGAGAAGGUUAUUGUGUACGUUAUUCUCACAGUUGGUACAAUAGCUUGCCUACUUCUAGCGUAUUUUUGGCAGACUACUUCAUACAUUGUGGGAGAGGAGCAUAGCACAGCAUUGCUGAUUUUGCAAUUUUUCCUUGCUUGUGUUGACUGUACAUCAUCGGUAUUGUUCUUGCCAUUCAUGUCAUUGUUUCGAGUCGAGUAUAUGACGGGGUAUUUCAUUGGAGAGGGUUUGAGUGGAUUAAUUCCUAGUAUAGUUGCCCUUGGACAGGGAGUGGGGAAAAUGACAUGCGAAAAUGUUUCAGUUGUGAACAUGACAACAAAUAUUUCUUAUUACGAAAUUCAAGCAAUAUAUCAUGAACCUUCAUUUCCAGUGAAGGAUUUCUUCUUUUUUCUUUUUGCAAUGAUGAUAAUGAGUGGAUUAGCUUUUACCUCGCUGAAUAAACUUCCUAUCUGCAAGCGAGAGCACGUGAUUGAAUACGUCAUGGAAAACAAAGAAGAAGCCAGUAGUCUUAGCAGCACCAGUGACGGUCAUAUUGAACUGUCCAGUGAUCACACUCAGGAGAACAGCGACAACAAUCCCACAAAUGUAGGUCAUUCCAAUUCUGAACUGGUCCUGAGCAGUAAGAAGAAGCCCUGUCUUACUAUUUGCCCAGAUGGUUCUUACACUUUGCCUGUUCAGUCACUCCGUAAGGAAAUGUAUUUUUAUUACCUGGUUCUCACUGCAUGGAUCAACGCUUUUAGUAACGGUGUGUUGCCUUCUGUCCAGACCUAUUCCUGUCUCCCCUAUGGCAACAAUGCUUACCAUUUAGCUGUUACAUUAUCAAGUAUAGCAAAUCCUUUGGCUUGUUUUAUAGCCUUUUUACUGCCAGUUGCCACCUGUGUUGUCAUCAAUGUGUUCACUGUCUUAGGAACAUGCUUGGCAGGUUUUAUAUUGGUGACAGCUGUCAAAAGUCCCACACCAUUGUUCCAAGAUAGUGAAACUGGAGCAGCCAUAGUGGUUUUGGCCUGGGUCCUUUUUACAUCACUGAUGACCUUUUCAAAGGUUUCCAUAGCAACGCUCUUCAGGAGAGAAGGAAAGAAAGCUUUGUUUUGGUGUGGGGCUGUGACUCAGAUGGGAUCAGUUGUUGGUGCUAUUGUAACAUAUAUAUUAGUCAAUGUGAUUAUGAUUUUUGAAAGUGCUCCAGCAUGUUCAUGA